CUAUCAUAAAAAAAAAAUUGAAAUUACUAUCCACUUAUGAAAAACUUAAAAAAGAUGAAUCCGAACACCCGCCCACACCAUAGAAUUUCUCAAUGUUUAGUUAUUCUCAACCAUUGAAACCGUUCUAGUACGAGAAAGCCGUCCCGUCCUAAUUAUUUCUUUCGUUAUUUGUUUUUAAGAGGUUAUUUCUUUAUUUUCGUUUUACAAAGUAUUCUCUUUUCCUUCGUUUUUUUUUUUUUUGAAUAAUUCCUGUACACAGAUUUCGAUUAAAGUAUAACACGAUUAGGGUUACAAUUAUGAUUAGGAUUAGGGUUUUAUUAUCUGUUUUCAUGGUGAGAAAAGGUGAGCCAUAGAGACAUUACUCUCUAACUAACCCAGAAAGGUAACAUUACCCUUUAUAGAUUUGAUUGUCUGUUUUCAUGUUGAAGAUGUUUAUAGUAAAGGAAGCUGCCUAUGACGACACAUAUUUGGGACUUUGGAUUGGCAACAACACUUUGUGCGCCAUUGUAGAUUUUCAUUUUUCUACAUGGGUUGUUUGUCUCAAGGAAGAAUGUGCCAAUAUGCUAAUCUGAGGCAUUUUCUCAUACUUAUAUAUUCUUAUUUAUUUGCUUUUUAUGAACCAACCCUAUAUGUCCAGUCCAGAAAUGGUUAUGUUUGAUUUUUAUUUUAUUUUUUCGAAAUGGAAAAAAAAAAGCAAGACAUUUGACAAAAUUAGUCAAGUAUGAGAAAUUUGCCAAUUGUAAUCUAAGAAACUGUUAUUGACAGAAAAAUGACUUCUUUAUUUUUACAGUUAGGAGUCUCCCAAAAUAAAUGAGUGACCCUAAGUACUCAUACAUGUGUAACAUGCAUUUAUGCCAUUUUACAAUAAAAUAUUUAAAGCUGUUACAUAACAAAUUUCUUUAUCUCGUGCAAUUUUUGCAAAUGUUUUUUUUUUUUUCAUUCUUUAUUAAUGAGUAACAAAGUGAAAUGAGCUAAAUGACUUGUUUUUGGGAGUCAAUAGUAAAUGUUUUUGGGAGCUUUUGAAUGUUAUAUAAGGUAAGGUAUUCGUUUUAUUUUGGGAGUUAUUGGGCAAAGAGGUCUCUAUGUAAUGUAAGUGUUAUUUUUUGAGUAUUAUGUUAACUAACUUACAUCUGACAAAUGGCAAUAUGUACUAGUUCAAUAUAUACAUGCAAGCUUUUGAAUGGUAGGUUGCACAGUUACAGAGGAUGGCCCUUUGGUUUGACCAACAGGUUCAUCUGUGAGAAAUAUGUUUGACUUGUUGCUGCAAAGUAAUGUUGAGAAAGUAUAUACUGACUUACAUCUCAUCUAUAAUGCUUCGUGGAUAAGUAAAUUUACCAAGCUCUAUAUAAGUUCUCUACUUCUUAAACUAAACUACAAACUAUAAAAUAUAUAUUUGCUAGCAAAGCAGCUGAAUCAUUUCAGGGAUAUCUGCUUGAUACACUAGUGUUAAGUCUGAUCAAGUCUUGAACAUGGGACCUGGAGGUCCGGGUGGUGGUCCUGGUGGUCCGGGUGGAGGUCCUGGCUGGGGGGGUCCUGGAGGCCCUGGUGGCCCUGGUUGGGGGGGUCCUGGUCCAGGUGGCCCUGGUUGGGGUCCUGGUUUUUGGCCUGGACCUGGUGGCUUCUUCGGUGGCUUUGCUGAUGGUUUAUGCAGUAUGAUAUCAUCUUGCUUCUAUUGCUUGUGCUGUUGCUGGUUGCUGCAGGACUGCUUUGGUGGACCUCGUGGCGCGUAUGGUCCUCCUGGUCCUGGCGGACCGCCUCCUUUCUAAGUCGUUUUUCUUUUACUGCACCGAGACCAAAACUUGCUGUUGCUUUAUCUCAAUCUUUUUGGACACAAAUUGUAUUGAUCGUGUUUUGUUGUAUUUUUUUUACAAGUGUUGGAGGUGUUUGUUACUGUACUAGUUUAUGAUAAUGAAGAUCAUUUAAACAA